AACAAACAACACCAAUCACUUCAUAAACGCUCGGACGCUCGCAGAAGUUAUAUAAAUACGUAAAUUUGAUUCUUCGCGCGCUCUGCCGGUCCUAUUAUCAACCCCUCCCCCCUCACGCCGACGCCGACGCAUAGCUUCGGUCACAACUCUGAGGGGAAUACCUCGUCGAGCCUAGCGAGCGUGUGCCUGAGCCGACGCUUGGCGGAGGGCGAUCCGCUUGUUUUCUAUUUCUGUGCGUUCGUGUUGAAUUGUGGUCUUUGGACUGAAAGGAUAGUGAAAUAUUAUCGAACUCUAUUCUAUUGGCAGGUAAGUCCGUCACCCUCCCUCCGCCUGUGUUUUGCAGAACCGAAAUGAUAUAGAAAUAUAGUCAGAAGAGUGAGGUUAUGUGGCGCCCCUCCUGCAGCGCUGUCGUUGUUUACCUAUGUUGUGCAAUCUUCAUUACAGGUUAAUGUCGCAUCAUGCCACCUCCGAAGGACUCUUUGGUGCUAGAAUGCUUUACUUUUGGGAAUUAUCCUGUCGGAAACGACCCGGUACCCAAACCUAGAGCUGAAUGCAAAUUCUGUAGAAAGAAGUAUGCGCCGAAUACAACGCGUCAAAAGCAACACAUUCUUAACGAAUGCAAACUAGUACCCCAGUCUGUGAAAAUGAGGCACUCUGAGGCGUUUUCGUUGGCCGCUGUUGAGGAAGCAGUUGACAACCCGGGCAGUAACAACGUAGGACCAGGAGUGUGCGCGAGGCCUGCAAGUGCGACGCCUUCGGCUUCUUCGACGACGGGGUCGGAAAGUAGCAGAGCCAGCGGCGAGCCGACGCGGAGGUCAGCAUCGAUGGUACGCUUCGUCGAUCAACUGGGUGUCACCGAGAAGAAAACGCUGGACGAAGCGUUGGCGCGGGCGAUGUACGCCAGCGGAACGCCACUGUCAACUUUCGAGAACCCCUAUUGGAAGGCUUUCUUCGCCGCGCUGCGACCAUCCUAUAAACUCCCUUCGAGGACUCCCCUAGCCAAGACCUUACUCGACCGCGAGUUCGAGAAGUGCGUGUCCUCUAACAAGGCAAAGAUUGAAAACGCUCAAUUUUUAGGCAUUAUGACUGAUUCAUUCACAAAUAUUAGGCAAGAAAGCGUGAUUGAUAUUGUUGUAACCACUCCUAGCCCAGUUCUCUACAAACAGAUUUUCCGCCGGACUGAGAGGGAAACGGGGGAAUUUGUAGGAGAUGAAAUUUUGAAAGUAAUGAAUGAAAUUGGACCUGAUAAGUUUUGGAUAUUUGUAACCGACAAUGCUUCUAACAUGCAGGUGGCAUGGGAAAAAGUGACAGAGGAGUUUGGUCAUGUCACUGCCAUAGGUUGUGCCGCGCACUGUUGGAACUUGUUGUUUAAAGAUUUAGUGGAGGCCAUGUCUGUUGUAGAUAAGUACAUUAAGCACUCACGCAACAUAGUUAGGAAAAUUAAGAAAAGUUCUAACACUCUUGCAGUUUUUUCUGAAAAGCAAACUGAGAAGCAUGGUAAUAAGGGCAUUUCUCUAAAACUGCCAGGAAAAACAAGAUGGGCAGGGGCAGCCAUUUUGUUGAACUCACUUCUACAAAACAAAUCUGUACUCCAGGAAACUGUAAUUAGUGAACAACUUGUGGACGUUAUCGACGCCAAGGUGAGAAGGACUGUGUUAGACAGCAAGUUUUGGGAUAGGAUUAAAUGUAUCUAUGAUUUACUAUCUCCACUGCAUGCCGCUAUCUCACUUAUCGAAAGCAAUAGAGCAUUACUCUCUGAUGUAUAUUAUUUGCACAAGAAAAUCAACGAAUGUGUAAAUUCUAAUAUUGCUAAGCUUAGGUUAAGUUCUUCUGAAAAGAAGGAAGUAAAGGAUAUUCUAGCUGACAGGAAAGGGUAUACAAUUGCGCCGAUCCACAUGGCUGCUUAUCUUCUAGACCCGAGGUUCAAGGGUGAAGGCCUGGAAGACAAAGAAAUUGCCGAUGCAGUCGAGUGCAUCUCGAAACUAGCGCGACACAUGGGCCUGGAUGAAGGUAAGGUCAUCGCUAGCCUGGCCAAAUACCGCACAGGGGUGGGCUUUUUCGCCACACAAUCAGUAUGGGAUUCAGCCCUGCAGCUGCACCCAGCGGUUUGGUGGAGCGGAGUGUGCGCGACGGAGCCCCUCGCAGCCGUUGCUACCUGCCUGCUCACCAUGCCGCCGUCCGCCGCAGAAGUCGAGCGCCGGUGGUCUGAUCAUGGUUUCAUCCAUAACAAGAGUCGCAACCGGCUGCUCAACACCAGGGUCACAAAGCUAACGACGGUGAGGGCUACUUUGGUUGCAGAGAAGAGUAAAGGAAAGAAUGUAGACCCCCUGCCUGUCGCGGAACUUGAAGAAUACUUCAAGCAAUACGGCAGUCAGUACCUCGGCCAAGCAGGUGGUCACGGAGGUGGUGGUGGAGAUGUAGGUGAGACUGAGACUGGAGACGGAGAGGCAGAAGAAGAGAGCGAUGAAGAAUCGGAAGAUGAAGAUGAGCACACGGAUUGGGAGCUAGAGUCCGAUUCCGGCUCCGGCAGCAACUCAGAGCAAGAGUUAGAAGAGCGUGAGCCAGAGAGGCGAACAGUGGCCCCUCAGCGUCAGCCCCAUAGUCCAGUUGUGAACAGGACUUCAAACCAAGAUCAACCACGGUCAACACAAUCACAAACUCCCACUCCCACUGCUGCAUCCACAUCCGGGUCCCAGCCCCUGCGCAGAACCCGUGGCGCUACAGCAGCAGCAGUCGUCGCCACGGACAGCGGAUCUAGACAAAAGCGCAGAAAGAAAAAGUAAUUUCAGAGUAAACUAGCUGGAAUAAUUCUUGGUACUGAAUUGAACUGACUCCUGAUCUGACCACUGACUGAUAAUUUGUAUUUUUGUUUUGUUUGUUAAUGCUAUUUGUCAUGCCGCAGAGGGUAGAUAAAUGAAUAAACUUUGCUCAUAUUCAAAUGUGUCUGAUUUAUGGACUAAAACACAUCUAAAAAGUUAAAUUUCCAUCAGAAACACA